AUGGUUCUUUCAGAUGAGUUGGAGUAUGCAGCACUUGCAACACCAUCACAGAACAGUGAAGAGGCGCUUUACUGUGAAGCUGAACCCCUCCUGACCGUGGAGAAAGAGAAAUCCACGCAAGAGAGUUCAGAGACAGACCUGGAGAUCGAAGAUUAUGAGAAAUACUUCACCACUGGACAAAGGGAACUGUACUUGGAGGCCUGCAAGCUGGUAGGCGUAGUGCCCGUGUCCUACUUCCUACGGAACAUGGAGGAGUCCUACAUGAACCUCAAUCACCAUGGACUUGGCCCCAAGGGUACCAAGGCUAUUGCCAUAGCCUUGGUGUCCAACACGGCAAUUAGCAACCUGGAGCUGAAAGACAACUGCAUCAUGGAGGAAGGCGUCACCAGCUUGGUGCAGAUGCUGUAUGAGAACUACUAUAUCCAGGAGCUGAAUAUUUCUGAAAAUGACCUUGGAUUGGAGGGGGCUGAAGUCAUCGCAGGGUUUCUGCAGAGAAACAUCUCUUCACUCUGGAGUCUUCAGCUUUCAGGGAAUAACUUCAAGGAAGAAUCUGCAGCGCUGUUCUGCCAAGCCCUGUCGUCUAAUUACCGGAUUAAGAAACUGGAUCUCAGUCACAACCAGCUCUCUGAUAAGGGAGGGGAGCAAUUAGGACAGAUGCUGGCUCUCAACGUAGGGCUCCAGGUCCUGAAUCUGAGCUGGAAUCAAAUCCACACAGCAGGAGCUCUGGCCUUGUGCAAUGGACUCCGGGCGAACGUGACCCUGAAGAUACUGGAUCUCUCCAUGAAUGGAUUUGGCAAUGAAGGGGCUCAGGCCCUAGGGGAGAUCAUCAAGUUCAACAACUCCCUGAUCAACCUGGAUCUCAGCUGUAAUGGCAUCACCAACGACGGCAUCAGCAAGAUCAGCAAGGGUCUGGAGCUCAACGAAAGCCUCCAGGUCCUGAAGCUUUUUCUCAACCCGAUGAACGUGGAUGGGGCUGUUUUACUUAUCACGGCCAUCAAGAGGAACCUCAGAUCCAAGAUGGAGGAACUGGACAUUUCCAACGUACUGGUGUCUGAGCAGUUUGUGAAAACACUGGAUGGGGUGUGUGCCAUCCACCCCCAGCUGGACGUGGUCUACAAGUCAGUGCAAGGCCUAUCCAUCAAGGCAGCCAUCGCCAUGAACCCCAAUCCCAUGAAACUGAUUAAGACUUACGUGAAUCAGCAAAAGAUCACAGUCUCGGAUUUCUUCAGGAGCUUGAACCCUGCUGGCACAACGGAGAUGCCUGUGGGGGCAUUCCGGAAAGUGAUGAUACAGCAAAGCAAGGUCCCUAUGAACCGGUACCAAGUGAGAGAGCUGAUAAAGAGGCUGGAUGAGAAGAAGACAGGCGUGGUGAACUUCAGGUCAGAUCAGAUGCACCGGCCGCUCCUACCCACCUCCCAGCCCUCACAGCCCCUGUGUCUGUAUAAGGGCCUGGGGCUGGCUUGGCCUAAGCUCCAUACCCCUAUGGGGACCAGGCAGCAAGUGGCUGCCUUUUUUCCCCCCCGGCCCCCAGCAUCUCCUGCCAGCUCCCCUAAAGUGGUGCCUGUUAACUUUGGCGGAUGGGGCAAGGUGCCAGAACGGGAGAUGUGA